AUGAGGCUUCAUGUUCAUCUCCCCGGCCAACACACUGUAUAUUAUCGAGAUGAUGAAACUUUAGUGGAGAUACUUGAGCGUGAAAACACUUCUGAGACUACUUUAACUGCAUGGUUUAAAGCAAAUGCACGGUUUCCAGCUGCACGUGAAUUAACAUAUGAAGCAGAAAGCAACCCUUCCUAUACUUUUACCGAAUCUGAUAUACACAAUAUAGCAUUAACAAGAUUAGAAGCUAUUUUGAUCAGAAAUGGAUUCCAUCUUACCGAUUUUCCAAACAUGCCUUUACCGCUUCAAUUAUUUAACAAUCAUAUUCAGCAAAAUUAUUUACUCGCAAAAGAGUUGCAAUAUGAUCGUGAUUUUCUUAAAGUUAGAGCUCAGGAUACCUAUUCACGUUUAAACUCAGAACAGCGCUCCAUUUUUGAUGCAGUAAUUACAGCUGUAGAAAAUCAAAGCAACUGUAUUAAACUUCCAUCUGAUAUUUGUCUCCCUUCACAAAGUAUAAAUGCAUUAAUAAAUUCUGUUUAUCCUAAUAUUUCAUUUCAUGCUAGUGAUCCAAAUUAUUUGAUGGAACGAGGAAUUCUUGCUCCAAAAAAUACUGAUGUUCAAGUUAUUAAUUCAACAAUCAUGAAUAUAUACCCGGGUGAUGAUAACGAAUACUUGAGUGCUGAUA